UCCUGCAGCAACAGGAGGUGCGCUUCUCGGCCGACGGGGACCUGUUGUCCAGCCUGCACGAGCAGCACUCUAUGGCUGGCCAGGGUUCCAUGACCAAGAAGCAAGGAGUCUCCGGGGAGUCUUGCUUCCAGAACAAGACCGCAGAAAAGAUACACAUCCAGAGGUUCGAUAAGGACUUCAGGGCGCGAAGGCUGACGUACCUAGUCGAACAGCCAGGAGAGACGGUACGGAGUGCAGCCUCAGAUGAUAGUGGCAGAGAGGCGGAGCCAGCGGGGGAGACAGUGUAUAUAUCAGAACCAGACAAACACAGUUGUCACAUCCAGAGUCCCCCGGAUCCCAGAUCGAAGCAGCUGAUCAAGGAUGCCAUCAUGGACAACGACUUCCUUAAGCACCUCGACUCCAGCCAAGUUCGCGAGAUUGUCGACUCUAUGUACCCGCAAGAGUUUGCCGCUGGUUCCUGGGUCAUCAGGGAGAGAGACGCAGGUUCCCACUUGUAUGUGUCAGCGGUGGGGGAGCUGGAGGUGAUGAAGGAUGGAGAAGUCCUGGGCAGGAUGUCCUCUGGCAAGGCAUUCGGGGAGCUCGCCAUCCUGUACAACUGUACCAGAACUGCCAGCAUCAAAGCUGUGACACACGCUAAGGUGUGGGUGCUGGACAGACGGGUGUUCCAGCAGGUGAUGAUGAGGUCUGGUCUCAAGCGGAUGGAAGACAAUAUCAACUUCCUCUCCAGUGUACCAUUGCUACACAACCUCAACAAAGAUCACCUCACCAAAAUCGCUGACGCCUUAGAAGUAGAUUUCUAUGCCCCUGGGACCUACAUAAUUCGGCAAGGCACCAGUGGGGAUUCCUUCUACAUCCUCCGAGCUGGAAAGGUCCGGGUCACACAGCGAAUACCAGGGAAAACUGACGAGGAGGACAUCAGAGUGCUACAGAAGGGCAGCUACUUUGGGGAACAAGCACUGCUGAGGGAGGAGUGCCGCACUGCCAAUGUCAUAGCUAUGGCACCAGGGGUCGAGUGCCUCACCUUGGAUAGAGAAUCGUUUAUUCAACUUAUUGGUGACCUCUCUGAGCUCCGGGACAAGGACUAUGGUGACGAGACACGUGGGGUCAGUAGACCUAUCACUGGCCCACACAAUAUUGAUGCUGUCGCAGAAUAUGCAUACAUACGCUUAGACGACCUUGAUGUUGUAGCAACAUUGGGAGUUGGUGGAUUUGGACGCGUGGAACUAGUACAAUAUGCCCAUGACAAAACUAUGACCUUCGCCCUUAAGUGCCUUAAAAAACAGCACAUAGUUGAGACGCAGCAACAAGAACACAUUUAUUCCGAGAAGAGGAUUAUGAUGGCAGUUCGGAAUCCAUUUGUUGCACGACUGUACAAGACUUUCCGAGACAACAAGUAUGUCUACAUGAUGAUGGAGGCAUGUUUAGGAGGUGAAGUCUGGACACUACUGCGUGACCGUGGCUGGUUUGAAGACCUCACUGCGAGAUUUUAUACUGCGUGUGUAGUGGAGGCGUUGGAGUAUUUGCAUGCUAAGAACAUCAUUUACAGAGACCUCAAGCCAGAAAAUCUCUUGCUGGAUUCUACAGGAUAUGCAAAGUUGGUUGAUUUUGGAUUUAGCAAGAAACUUGGGCCUAGUAGCAAAACGUGGACAUUUUGUGGCACGCCUGAGUAUGUAGCCCCCGAGAUCAUCCUCAACAAGGGUCACGACAAAGCGGUGGAUUACUGGUCAAUUGGCAUCCUCAUGUAUGAACUGCUGACUGGAACGCCACCUUUUACAGCUUCAGAUCCAAUGAAAACAUACAAUAUUAUUCUAAAAGGCAUCGACAUGAUUGACUAUCCACAACAUGUGACCCGCAAUUCUAUCUCACUAAUCAAGAGACUUUGUCGGGAGAGCCCGGCGGAAAGACUUGGAUAUCAGCGAAAUGGCAUACAAGAUAUCAAGAAACACAAGUGGUUCCUAGGGUUUGACUGGGAUGGACUGCGAGCAAGAUCACUCCAACCACCAAUAAUUCCAAAGAUUAAAGGGCCUGCUGAUGCUAGCAACUUCGAUUCCUACCCAAGAGAUGUUGAUGUUCCAGGCGAUGAGUUGAGUGGUUGGGACCUCGAUUUUUAAACUCAACUUACACAUACUGGUGUUUCAUGUUCUGGAGGAAUAAAAUAUGAAAAAACUACUCCUCCAGAUUGAAAUUUUGAGAAAAUACAGCAUAAACUAUAAUGCCUUUAAAGAAAACCUCAAUUACUAGAAAGUUGUAUAUUCACUUAGAACAUUUAUAUGGUGUUAGAUAAAUAUAUGAAUAUCAAUUCCUCCUUUUAUAUACUGAAAAAUGCAGAUCAUUUGUAACAUUUGCAUAUUUUAUUCUUACAGAGGAUUGAAAAACUAAAUUUCUUGCACGUUAUACUGUACUCUAGUAAAGUAUUUAAGGUCUUUCUUGGUGCCUCUGUGGAGAUUUCUACCAAGCUGCUACCUCUGCAUAAGGCAUUCGUGGCUUGAUUUUGGUUAUUAAAUUUACACACUGACAACACCUGGGUAGUUGUGCAUCACUCUGGCCACCACAGUCAGAUGUGUCUAUAUGUGCAGAUAUGUAUUUACUGUACAGGUAUAUAAUUUUAAUUUAUUCAAGAAGAAUACUUAAUAUUUUUAUUAUACCUUAGUAAAGUAUGUGUAUGUAAAACUUUUAUUUUUUUUAUUAACACAUCGGCCGUCUCCAAGGCAGGGUGGCCCCCCCAAAAAAAACUUACAUCAUUCACUCCAUCACUGUCUUGCCAGAGGUGCACUUACACUACAGUUAUAAAACUGCAACAUUAACAUCCCUCCUUCAGAGUACAGGCACUGUACAUCCCAUCUCCAGGACUCAAGUCUGACCUGCCAGUUUCUUUAAAUCCCUUCCUCACACUCCAACAGCAUUUCAAGUCCUAAAAACAAUUUGUUUCCAUUCAUUCCUAUCUAACAUGCUCAUGCAUGUUUGCUGAAAGUCCAAGCCCCUCGCCCAAAAAACCUCCUUUAUCCCUCUCCCUCCAACCUUUCCUAGGCCGACCACUACCCUGCCUUCCUUCCACUACAGAUUUAUGCACUCUCAAAGUCAUUCUUUUUCGUUCCACCCUCUCUACAUAUCCAAACCACCUCAAUAACCCCUCCUCAGCCCUCUGGAUAAUAGUUUUGGUAAUCUCACACCUCCUCCUAAUCUCCAAACUAUGGAUUCUCCACAUGAUAUUCACACCACACAUUGCCCUCAGACAUGACAUAUAAUAUAUACACUCACACGCACAUACAAAAUAUAUAUUUGAUUUAAUUUUACAUAGCUAUAAUUUUGUGCUGUACAUACUGAUCAUCUGCUCCUUCCUGUACAGUACUACACUGUUAGGAAAACUACUACCAAACUAUAAAUUGUAGAAUUAUUAGAAGUCCCCUUGUUAGUGAAACACAAUCAUUGCCAAAAAAAAAAAAAAAAAAAAAAAAAAAAAAAAAAAAAAAAACUUUGAUUACAGUGAUCAUUGGUUCAGUGUGAGUUGUAAGUUUGUUAUAUCAGGUUCAUCAAGCUUUGGUUGUUGGCACAUGAAGGUUUUGGAGAAUUUUUCUUAAUUUUGUUUCUGUGUAUGGAAUUUGAUAAAUUAAAUUUUAAUAAUACAGCAAAAUUAAUUACUUCAUAUACACUUUUUCAAAGGUGUCACCAGUUAAUGUAAAUUAUUAUUUUGUAAUAAAUUUGUUGUAUUUUUAUUUAAAAUAGUUACAUUAAGUACUUUACCCAUGUAAGGAAUAUAAUAUAUGAUAAUUUCAAUGAAUGCUGUUACUUCUUAAAGGGGAUCCACAUCUUGUU